GAGAUAGAUGAGCUGAGAACAGAGAUGGACGAGAUGAGGGACAGUUUCUUUGAGGAGGAUGCUUGUCAGCUUCAAGAAAUGCGCCACGAACUGGAGCGAGCCAACAAGAACUGCCGGAUCCUUCAGUACCGGCUGCGCAAGGCUGAGCGCAAGAGGCUUCGCUAUGCCCAGACUGGCGAGAUUGACAACGAGCUCAUACGCAGCAUGGAGCAGGACCUCAAGGUUGCAAAAGAUGUAUCAGUGAGACUUCAUCAUGAGUUAGAAAACGUGGAAGAAAAACGUACUAUAACAGAAGAUGAAAAUGAAAAAUUAAGACAGCAGCUUAUAGAAGUUGAAAUUGCCAAACAAGCACUACAGAAUGAACUGGAAAAAAUGAAAGAGCAAUCACUGAAAAGGAGAGGGAGCAAAGACCUUCCAAAAUCAGAAAAAAAGUCACAGCAGACACCAACAGAGGAGGACAAUGAAGACCUGAAAUGCCAGCUACAGUUUGUCAAAGAAGAAGCAGCCUUGAUGAGAAAGAAAAUGGCUAAAAUAGAUAAAGAGAAAGACAGAUUUGAACAUGAGCUGCAAAAAUACAGAUCAUUUUAUGGGGAUUUGGACAGUCCCUUGCCAAAAGGUGAAGCAGGUGGGCCGCCUACCACAAGAGAAGCUGAACUCAAGCUUCGAUUGAGACUUGUGGAGGAGGAAGCUAACAUUCUUGGGAGGAAAAUAGUGGAACUAGAAGUAGAAAAUAGAGGACUGAAAGCAGAGCUUGAUGAUUUAAGAGGAGAUGAUUUCUCAGGGACCACUAACCCACUCCUGGGAGAGCAGAGUGAAUCCCUGUCAGAAUUACGACAGCAUUUGCAGCUAGUAGAAGAUGAAACAGAAUUGCUGAGGAGAAAUGUAGCUGAUUUGGAAGAACAAAACAAGCGCAUAACAGCUGAGCUGAACAAAUACAAGUACAAGUCUGGGGCCCAUGAGAGCUCUAGGCACCAUGACAAUGCCAAGACAGAAGCAUUACAGGAGGAGCUGAAAGCUGCACGAAUGCAGAUCAACGAGCUGAGUGGCAAAGUCAUGCAACUCCAGUAUGAGAACAGAGUCUUAAUGUCCAACAUGCAGCGCUAUGACUUGGCCUCUCAUCUUGGGAUCCGUGGCAGUCCUAGAGACAGUGAUGCGGAAAGUGAUGCAGGAAAAAAGGAGAGCGAUGAUGAUUCCCGCCCUCCUCACCGCAAAAGGGAAGGCCCCAUAGGUGGGGAAAGUGACUCUGAAGAGGUGCGCAACAUUCGGUGCCUGACACCCACGAGGUCUUUUUAUCCAACACCAUCUGGGUGGCAGAAAAGCUUCACUGACAGGCAGCAGAUGAAGGACAUUCGCUCUGAAGCUGAGCGGCUGGGCAAGACAAUAGAUCGCCUAAUUUCUGACACAAGCACCAUCAUAACAGAGGCACGAAUUUAUGUAGCUAAUGGGGACCUCUUUGGACUCAUGGAUGAGGAAGAUGAUGGCAGCAGAAUACGUGAGCAUGAGCUUCUUUACCGCAUCAAUGCGCAGAUGAAGGCCUUCAGGAAAGAGCUCCAGGCUUUCAUUGACAGACUCGAAGUUCCAAAGUCUUCAGACGAUCGAAGUGCAGAUGAACCUUUGUCAGUGAGUCAGAUGUUCCAGCCUAUCAUUUUACUUAUUCUCAUUCUUGUAUUAUUUUCAUCCCUUUCAUACACAACAAUAUUUAAACUUGUCUUCCUUUUUACACUGUUUUUUGUACUGUAAGCCAUUCAUCAUUUACUGUUCAUUGUAGUGUUAUUUUCAGUUUGUUUAUUUUGUCCACCCUCCAAGAUAAGAAGUGCAAGAGACAUAGUUUCUGUAAUAGCCACUGCUGUAAAAACACUGAAGACUACUUGUUUGCCAAAACCAAAAAAAACCCCAAAAAAGCUGCAAAAACCAUACCAAAAAGUCACCCAGUUGAACAGGAAACCUGCUCACCACAGUGUUCCAGAUCAAGAUUCACAGAACUGGAUCCCUGCUAGCUAUGUGUUUCAUUGCUUUCGCUGCUGCUUAGAAAUGGACAGAGAAACUUCUAAAGGAUUUCUUAUUCCAUGAAAGGAAAUAUUCAGGGAAGAAAGAAA